GAUCUGGGAUCAAGUUGAGGCAGGGCAGUGCUGGGGCAGGGCUGCGUUUCCGGUUCCGGUUCCGGGGUCAGCACGCACGGGGUCUCCAACAGGCCUGUGCCCGAGGCACCAGCCUCGAAGGAUCCGUGGGGCGGAUUCCGCCCAGACUGCUCCCGGAUCAGCAUGGCCCCCAAGCCCAGCAGCCGAGACGAUCCUAAAGCGACUAAGCGCUCCCCGCUCUCCAGGCGCCGUUUCUCCAAGGCCGAGGACUGGUUCGAUUGCCCUGCUUUAGGCCCGGGUUGGAAGAGGCGGGAGAACUUCCGAAAAAAGGGAGCCACCUGCGGCCUCUCCGAUACCUAUUAUCUGAGUCCUUCUGGCGAACGCAUUCGCAGCAAGGUGGAGCUGGCCCGUUACCUGGGCCCGGGCUGGGACCUCAGCGGCUUUCAUUUCAAGCUCGGGAUUCUGCAACCCUCGCCAGCGCGGGCAGCACCGCCUCAGAACGAGACAAAGAGGCCGCGACGAGGACCGGGAAGGCCCAGAAAGGAAACAGCGCUUUCUCCUCUGGAGCAGCCAGAUUCGCAAAUGCCGCUGGCGGGGCUGAUCACAGCAGAUGGCGUCGAGGCCCCUGAGCCCAGAGACCCCGCGGAGGCUUCUCGUACUGACCCCACUGGUGCUCCUUACACUGACCCUGGCGGCGUACCCCACGGUGAUCCCGCCGAUACUCCGCGGAGUGACCCGGCUGAUGUCCCCCGGAGUGAGCCCGCCGGCGCCCAGCGGAGUGACCCCGCCAGCGCCCCCCGGAGUGAUAUAGCGGAGCUUCCCCAGAGUGACCGCAAUGGCCAUCCUCGGCGCCGCUGGCGACAGCGGUGGCUUCAGACCCAGGGCUGUGAAACCCAGAGAAGCAGCCCCCCUAGAGAGCCGGAGGACCCCGGGAAAGGUUCGUCCGGCCGGGGGACCGAUGUUAGCUCUGACAUCACGGAGGCAGCCGCCACUGUCCCCGCCCUGGCCACGACCCUUUCCUCCGCCAGUGAUAUGCCCGCGGUUUCUACCCCUGCCACCACGGCUGUCACCCCAGGUGCCUCGACGACGACACGGGUUCCGGAGGUGGGGGCUCGGGGUUCGGGCUGCGGCCUCUGUUCGGGUUGCCAGGCUCAGGAGGACUGCGGGGUCUGCUGGAUUUGUGCGCGUGAGGGGAAACCUGGCCUCGUCCGCCGCUGGCGGUGCCUAGCUAGGCGCUGUCUUCAGACGCGCUUAAAGAAGAAACCCAAAGGCUCGGGUUCGAGGAAGGGCCCCGGCCGGCGCCGGAGAUGCGCCGCGCUCCCUCCCCCAGAGCAGGUGGUUAGCUCAGUGGUCAUUGCCCACGGCCAUUGCCGACGCCCGCGCCGGAACCGCAAAUGUGGGGUAUGUGCAGCUUGUCUGCGGCUGUUGGAUUGCGGGGAGUGUGACUUUUGCCUCGACAAGCCCAAAUUUGGUGGCAGCAACCAGAAGCGACAAAAGUGUCGCUGGAGACAGUGUUUAACUUUUGCUGUUAAGCGACUGCUGCCAGCUGCAGAAGACGACAAUUCGUCCACGGAGCGGCCUCUGCGCCUGCUUCCCCGCCUUAGGAAGGGGACUUUUGGUAACCGGCCCUUUCGUCCAGGUUGGGCGAGAUCUCGGGGCCGCCAAAGCCACAGGCUGCUAACUGAGGCUCACAGCAGGAGGCUUAAGAAGAAGCAGCUACCUGUACUAAAGGAGGAGCAGGGUACUGACUCUGUGCAGCCGCAAGAGGAAGCAAACCUGGUCAUCCUGCAAGGGGGUGAGAGCAUCCCGGUGUUGGGGCCCAAUCCCAAGCCAGAGAGCUCUCCCCCCCCUACCCCUGACCACAAUCACCCAAAGGAGUAUGAGUCACCAGCACUUGAGGCAUUCAGUGCAUCUCCUCAGUUGAAGCAGGAGGUAAAGAACUUUGAAUCCCCGGCUGCUGAAGGUACCUUAUCACCCCCUGUUAGCUUCCUUCCAGAUUUGCCCAGCAAAGAAGCCAAUGGGGUCCAGCCACAGCAGUCUGUGAAAGAAGAGGAAGGCUUGGAAGAAGAGGAAGUUGCAAGCACCCCUGUGAUCAUGGAAAUCUAUAGUUUGGGCAAGGCCUCCCCAACGGCAGCAGGACUCUUUGGAACCCUGGACAGUGUGUUACAGGAGUUUCUAAUGGAGCUGAAUGAGCUGCCCCUGCCUGCCCACUGGGAAGUGCUGCCAACAAGGGGACCGGACCUCUGCCUUAUCCAGCGAUCCAUCUUGUCCACUGUGGCUGCUGCAGUCAUCCAUAUCCAACCAGGCUUGUACUUCCGUGUGGUGGUACGGGAUGUCCCAGUGCCACCCACACAUGAGCUCUAUUCUGCCCAUCCAUUACGACUCACCACUGUAGAUGAAGUGAUAGAGCUCAUCUGCGACUUAGAGGCAUACCACCUGUGCCCUGGUUGGCCUGACAGUUGGCAUCAGGGCCAGCGUUCUCCAGGUUGUGAUGUCUUGGUUUAUGAGGGCCGCUGCCAAUACUGCUGCCUAAAGCCUUGGUCUUUGGGAAGGAAGCAGUAACUGAGCACUCCUUUGCCCUGUAUUUUCCUUGGGUUUCUAUGCAUUGCAUUGGCCCAAGGGCCCCUGUACCCUACCUCUUUCCCCUAUGUUGUGUAGGAGAGUCUGUCAAUCUGCACUGGAAAGGCUAAGGUGAGGGCAAACAUUCCCUCUACCAGCCUCCCCCUAUGAGCCAGCAUUUACCCAUCUUCUACCUCACCCCUCUUUCAUUAAGGACUGUUCUGUGAGUCUUCACUUGGUUCUCCUUUGCCUCUCCAUGAUCCUGAUACAGGAGUAGGGAAACCCAUCCACCCUUCAUCCCCUGUUCCCCACCCUCAAUGUACACACACCAUAUUCCUCCUCUCUCCGACUCCUUCUCAGGGACAUGGGCUGGUUCCACAAAGGGGGAUAAGAAAUAGAGGGCAACUCUAAUCAGGAAUUGCUGGGAGUCAUGUAGUCUUGGCCCUGGUUUUAGAAGUUUGAUUUUAGAGAAGUCAUUCUGCACCUUAUGGGCAGAAGUAAGCACUAAUGACUGAAGUUGCUGGAGCAGAUGGGGAAGGUUCUGCAAGGGAAAAAGGAUGCCCUCUCCCACUUAUUCCUUUGGUGUACCUUCACCCCAUCUCUGCCCAUGCACCCAAAAAGGCUAUGUUGGAGAUAAGCAAAAUGAAUCAAUUUUUUAAAUGUAUCAGUGACGUGUGUAGCCAGCUCUGCCCCUAACCUGUUUUUGCUGUCUUUAUCUUUUGUGUUUCUUUAAAAAAAAAAAAUUCCUCCCUCUCCCUUUCCCUUUCCCCCAUAGAGAUAUCAAAAAUAAUUCAGCAAACCAUUUCCUAAUUUUAAAAGACAAAGGCUGGAAAGCAGAAUAACACAGGUCCCAUACCACUCUAGGACCCCUUACUAACUCAAACCAGAGUAUUUUAUGUAGUCCUAGUUAUGUCAAGUCCUCUUCCAGUGUAUGAUCUGCUAGCAGACCAGGGACCAUAAAUGAGAUAGCAAAGAUUUUAAGACAAUAACAAGUAUAUAAUAUAAUAUAGAAAUGCCUCAGUCACAAAGAGGCUGUAUAUUCCAGUUCUGUUAGUGAGAAAGGGAGCAAUUCCUGGAUAAUUCAUGUUCCUAAGAGUAUAUUUUAGCUGGGAUACUUCCCACACUUCCUACUAUAGCUAUGGUUCACUGUUGCAUUAUUUCACCUUGACAGUGUAAUACUUAUUGAUCUUCUGACCAUUUGCUGCUGCCAUCUGCUGCUGAUACUAUUUAUUCCACAAAAGAAAGGUUAACAUUCUUUUGUGAAACUGCCCAGCCAACAUUCCUGGGGCUAAUCAACAUAUUUUCAGUUCUUCUGUUAGGUGCGCAACUGUGCCCAACUGGCACACCAAAGGGAUUGUCAGGUCUGUCAGGACUUAUUGCUCAACUAUACUCUCCACUCAACUGGAAGUUUCCCAUUUGCCUUCACCUCCUGUCAUGUUCUUGACAGGUAAGUUCCAGACCAUGCAGAUUACACUGUAGCUUUGCUAAGCUGCAAGGAAAUCUUUAAUUAAACUGGAAGGAGGUAGGGUAGACCUAGUAACUUCUGCCCUAUAUUUCUGCCAUUAUAUCCAGCUCUCUCUUCCCUUUAUAUAUGUAUUUUCUCAAACCUGGAAAUAAUAGACAGUGGGAAAUAUUCUGGGGCCGAAUGGAUUUAUCCCAGAAUUUUACAUUGUAAAUACUUUUCAUUGAAUGUCAUGUUAAACAUGCUUGAUAAUUUUGUACCCGAUCUUAAGCUAUUCAUCAGAUGUAAAAUUUGACCUGCUUUUUAAAAAUGGGUUAAAGACAUCCAUAGUUCUCUUUCAGACAGCUCUCUUUAAUUAACAUUAACAUAAAAAUCUGAGCUAUCCGUGCCAAAAGAAUAUGGUCUGCAGAGACCUAACUGGGUUUGCUACAAGGAGGUUCUGAAUGAUUAAUUUGAUACAACUCUGGAUUGCUUCACCUUCCUUCAAAUCAGUGAGUAUUUACCUGGUAUAUAAGGGAGAUGAUUAAGUCUUUGCUUGCCUUUUCUAACAAGUCCAAAAGCUACAGUGGAAUUAUUUAACAAAUGUUUAUAGGGAAUAUUAGAUGGAAAACUAAAUUAAAUCAAGAAGAUGCUAUUUUUGUUACUUCCAUUGACUUGUCAUGUUAAUCCAAGUCAUUUUCCUCAUCUUUAAAGUGGGAUGAUAUAAUGAAAUUCAAAGGAUUGUUAAUAUUAAUAAUGAAAUUGAAUAGAUUUCUUCAAAAGACUUUGGUAUCUCCUAUACGUGCUCUCAUAUUCAGUCAAGUAUAAUGUCAGUGAAAUAUAAAAUAUCAUCAAUGUUGUGUUCAGUUUGGAAGAGCAAAUUGUCUAAACAAAUAUUUUUACCAGGUCAGCAGUGUAUUUGUAUUAUUUUCUUUCAGGCAAUCAGAAUAUUGAUAAUGACCAGAGUAGAAACAAAAGGAAUUUCCUUGUGCAGAACCCUUCUUUUGAUCUGGCUGAAGCCAAUCAAAAGAUGUGUCUACUUAAAAAUAGUUCCCCUGGACCUGCCAGGAUAUCUGGAAUAUUCACCAAGAGAGUUGUCAUUGUGUUUCCUACAGUGCAGAUGUACUAUUUGAAAAGGGAGAGAUAAUAUAUUAUCAUUGGCAACUAUAAUAAUACCUGUAAACUUUUCAAACUAUCUUACAAAACUACUUAAAACACAAGGCAACUGAAUGUGAAGAAUGAAACAUAGAAAAGGUCAAUUUUGACAUGAGGUCUAUACAAGGGGAAAGGAUGGCAAACAGCUGGUUCUUUUUAAAGCCAGGGAGUAACUUAAGAACUAUGUGUGACUCUCCGAAUAAAGGAAGAAUCAGCAACAGGGAAGAAAAGAGGAUAAUCAAAGCAAAAUUUUUCCUGUUUACUUUUGCACUGUUGAUCACUGGGUCUGUUCUUGAUAGAGUUGAUUAAUAACUGCCUGGGAAUAAAUGAGGACAAGGUCAGAGGUUCAUUCUCCUGCCAUGGACCAAGUGCAGAACUGAAACUAGAGCUAGGCAAAAGGGAUUGUUCCCCACAGUGCUGAAAUUAUGUUUGUUUGGGGCAGGGGGAGGGAAGGAGGACAUUUACAGGUUCCUGGCAGAUUAGGCCCAAAAUGAGGAGCAGUCUGGGAUGGGACCUGUUAGAGAAGCUCUGCUGCUCUAUAACAGGUGCAAUUAUGAGUGAAGGGGCAACUUUGGGCAGCCCAGGUUUGAAUGUCAAAUAGAGGCAUAGAAUCCCUUCCCCCCCACAGAGGGAACUUUUCAGAGAUCUUUUGUGUUCUGCUCAGGGAAAAGGGACAGGAUUGUCCUAUGUGUGACAAGUGGAAUGAAAGUAUAGGUCAUGGGGAAUUGACAGAGAUUGGUAAACUGGGAGGCCAGAUGUUUGAAGGGAUAUCAGUGGUCAUGCGUUAUCUGUUGCCCUCUCAUGUAUAAUCUCUAUGCACAUGCAUUUUCCUUACUGAUGUACAUUUAUGCAAAUGUUUAUCCUAGGUUGAUGGAACAAAUGUAUUGAGAUUAUCUCCAAUUUAUCCUGUGUAAAUUUUACUUGUACAUAGUUUUUUUCAUGUUGUCUCCUCCAUUAGACUAAGUUCCUUGAAAGCAGGCAUUGUUGUUGUUGUUGUUGUUGUUGUUGUUGUUUUUGCCUUUCUUUGUAUCCCAAGCGUUUAGAACAGUGUAGGUGCUCAAUAAAUACUUCUUGACUUGA